UUUAGAUGGAGAAGAUGGGGUUGUUAGGGGGAGAUAGUGCUUUGUUUUUAUGGUUUUUAGUUAUUUUUUUGGUGUUGGAAGAGAGAGUAUCGAUAAAAUUUUAUAAAAAAGAGAAUUUUGUUCUAUUCUGAUACCUUUGCUACCUACUACUAAUAUAAAUUCAAUUUUUUUAACUCACACUCAAAAUCCAUUUCCUCCAUUCUUGAGCUUUCUUCCAAUUCCUUCCCUCACUACAUAUAGCUCUUACUCUUCAUCCUGCUCUAUCCUCUGUCCCACUGAAGCCUGAUGGCCUCCUACAAAUUCCAGUCCUCUCCUGAUCCACUCGUAGUCGGAACUCCUAUAGAGAGUAAUGAAGGGAUGUCUUCACAACCGGUUCUGAAUUGGCCAACGGCUACUAAUAAUCAACCUAAUAUUGAGACUGAUUAUCUUGAGUUCAGAAAAUCGAAGAAUGACUAUCUUGAGUUUUCAGGACAUUUUGAGAGUGGCACAGAUUCAUUUGCGAUAAGUAUCUGGACUUUCACAACCAAAGACAGGUUUGACAAUACUACAUUCCUACGAGUUCGGAACAAAGCAAGCAACUGUCUAACUCUAUAGUUCCCCAAUAACAGUAUCGGAGAGAUUGAAUUGUCUGUUUUUAGAACAGGUGGCAAAGGGAACAUCGGAUUUGGAGUGAACAGAGAUUCUGCUAUUUUGGAUGAUAGGUUUGAAGAGGAAGAAUGGCACAUGUUUGGCUUUGGAUGGAACCAGAUCACUGUCCAUUCAAUGAUAAGAGUAGAAGAAGAACCGACUCCAACCCUCGAUAGUUCGACCAUUACUAUUAAUCCAAGCGGAUGGAACCUGACCGAUACCAUGUUCCUAGGCUUCUUUAAUCUGGCACAGAGUGAAGGAGAUUUCCGAAUUUAUAGCAUGAAAGUUUAUUCAGAUCUUGCUCCAGUUCAAGACAAUGAUCUCUCUCUGGCCCCUCACAACGAAUUUUACAGAACAUGAGGAAACAAGAUCAAGCACUCAUCAGAAGGUUGAGAUGAUGGCAAUUGGAUAAACGGAGAUGGAUGAAGCGAUAAUUGAGAAUUGGAAGUAGGAUGGGUCUGAGAUGGCGCCAGUCCUACUGUUUGUGCUGAAAAAUGAGGAUGGAACUCUACCAGUGCACCUCUAGAUGAAACAACUGACUGAUAUGAUAAGAACAAUAUAGCAGGAGAUGGCUGAGGAGGAGACUGUAAAGUAGAAAGUGGCUAUAAGUGUCAAUGGAAUACAGGUAUUUCUCAGAGUGAAUGAACAGAUUUGUGUGGAGAUGGCAAGAUUGUGGGUACUCAGCCUUCCACCUACUGAGAUGACGGAAAUACAGCAGAUGGAGAUGGCUGAAGUAGUACUUGUACACAAGAGAUUGGCUUUAGUUGAUCUGGAGGGACUCUAACAACAACCACUGUUUGAAAUGAAGUGUGAGGAGAUGGAAUACAAACUACCUCUGAGGAAUGAGAUGACCAAAACACAGUGAAUUAUGAUGGAUGCAAUAUCGGUUGCAUUAUUGAAUCUGGCUAUACUUGUUACGGAGGAUCUCUAACAAGUAAAAGCACUUGUUACCUCGGUGAAUGAGGUGAUGGGAUAAGAAGUGGUCCUGAAAAUUGUGAUGAUGGAAAUAAAGUCAGUGGAGACGGCUGUAAUAACUCUUGAACUGUAGAGGCAGGAUUUAAUUGCAAUGGGGGAUCCUCUACAACAAUAGAUACUUGAAAAGAGGAGUGAGGUGAUAGCAAGAAGGUAGGGGUAGAAGCCUGAGAUGAUGGAAACACAGAUAAUAAUGAUGGCUGAAGCAGUACAUGACAAAUAGACAUUGGAUAUAUUUGAGCUGGAGGAUCUGAAACUAGUUCAGAUACUUGACACCCACAAUGUGGAGAUGAAAUUAAACUCUCUGUUGAGGCUUGUGACGACAAUAACACCUCUAGUGGUGAUGGAUGAGACUCAACCUGUACUAGCAUUGAGGAUGAUUAUCAAUGAACUGGAGGAUCACUAUCUCAACCAGACACAUGAACUCUUAUUUGAGGCAAUGGAAAGCUUCCUUCAAGUUUGGACCAGACUGAGCAUUGAGAUGAUGGAAAUACACAAAGUGGAGAUGGCUGAGACGAGAACUGCAAAGUUGAGUCAGGAUGGGAAUGAACUGGAGGCUCUCUUUCAUCUUCAAGUAAAUGAGACACAAAAUGAAGUGUUGAUGGUUGAAAAGAAUGAGAAUCGGAUUCAAAAUCAAAAUGACUAACAUGUAAAGAUGGAUACCAACUAGUUGAUAAUAAACAGUGAAGAUAUACUGUAGUUGCUGAAGAAGUCCAAACUCUUUCAAGUGGAUCUCAAGCUGCAGCAGGAGCUGGCUCUCUUAUUGCCACUCUGAUGUCUCUUCUAAAUUCAUCUUCACCCAUGGCGAUCUGGUCAAUGGCUAAUCAAAUGCAGCUUCUGAUGCUUCUGUUAUUGACUCAGACAUCUCUUCCAGCUGAUGUAGUCGGGUACAUUUCAGGCAACCAGAUGUUCUCAUUUAACAUGAAUUUUCUGCCAAUACAGAACAAUGUAGUGUCAAAGGUACCUCUGGACUGGCUCAAGCAAAACCAAACCAAUAUUGGACUAGGAGACAUGGGAAUGGAGUCAGGCAGUUCAUUCAACAACAAUUUCGGCAUCAUUUGAACACUGCUGAUGUUGAUAAUAUUCCACUGAUUGUGGAGCUUGUUACCGAGAACUAUCGAUGACGAUGAUCCUAGAGACUGCAAAGAGAAAACCCUCAAAUUUGUUGGGUGGGUCUGGAAGAUCCUAACAUUUGGAGUUUAUAUCAGACUGGUGUUGGAAGCAUAUCAGAAUAUUCUGCUGUCAAGUCUCAACGAAAUCAAGAACUUGGAGUCAUUAUCAAUUCAAACAAUAAUUUCUGCAUCAAUUACUCUUUUAUUCUUGUGAAUUACUUUGAUUAUAUUUUACUUGGCUAUCAAGCAAAUUAAUCUUGACAUUGAACCUAAGCAGCAUUCAAAAUCGAAAGAGUUUACUGCUGGACUCAAAGACUCAAAAGCUGCCAGAGUGUUCACAACUCUUCUGCUAUUAAGAAGACUUGUAUUCUGCACAUGGCUGAUCAUAUUCUCAUUUACUGGUUAUUAUUACUUGGUGCCUGGAAUGCUGCUGGCGCAGAUAUUAUACACUAUAUUUAUAAUCUUUGUAAGGCCAUUCAAAGAGAAUAUGAACAAUUUAAUUGAGUGACUCAAUGAAAUAUUCUUUGUGUUGAUAGUGGCAUACUUGAUGAAAUACAACACAAAGCAAGCAUGGACUUCAAUGGCAACCAGAUUCUAUGUCUACCUUCUCAUUCUAAACAACCUCUUAAUCUCUUUCAUCAUAUCAGCCAUCGGGAUUACCCAACUCUGCUACAAACUUUGCCACAAAAACAAACCACCAACCUCAACCAUCCCCCAAAUAAUCCCUCCUAAGAUAUCCCCAAUCCGCUUCGACUCCAGCAACAUCAUCGCAACAUCAGACAUCCACUUGAUAAAAUUCCCUACCAACACAAGUCCUUCAAUCAUUACCACAUCUCCUUCCCCUGCCUCGCUCAACAAGAAAAUGGCCCAAGCCAAAAUCAGACCUAUUCUUGAUUAA